AAGUAACACACAUGAUAGCCACUGUCAACAACACAUGCAGUAUGACUAACUUCUGUUGAUAACUGUCAGUUGACAUUUUGUAUUUAUUAGCUGUUGAUGGCUGGAAGUACUUUCUGUCCUUUGAGUUUAGACAUUUGCUGUAGUAGCGGAAACGGACACUGGUAAUCGAUUGAUUAAGACUGCUGAAGGAGGCUGCUGUCGCCACAGUUUGCAUGAAAGCAACGUGGACUCUUCGAGCUUUCUUUACACCAUGAAUGGGUAGUGAGAUAGCAUAGCCAUGGCUUAUCAGGAUAUGGGCGAUCUGCAGUCUCAGGUUGAUGAGAUUGAAGCUCUGUCAUCCAUAUAUGGUGACGAAUGGUGUGUGAUUGAUGAAGCUUCAAGAAUAUUUUGCAUCAAAAUAUCUGACAGUUCAGACCAUCCAAAAUGGACGGCUUGUUUACAGACGAUUCUACCUCCAGAUUACCCAAGCAGAGCACCACCUUUAUAUCAAAUAAAUGCUGGGUGGCUGAGAGGUCCAGAAAGAAUGGAACUGUCAAACAGUCUAGAGGAGAUUUAUUUGGAGAAUGCUGGGGAGAGUAUCCUCUAUCUUUGGGUGGAGAAAAUUCGUGAAUUUCUUGUGGAGAAGUCUCAAAGCUCAGAUUUGGUGGAGGAGUCUGAGCUGAGAAAAACCAUGGUGACAGAGGAGGAGGAUGUUGCGGAUGAAGGAGACCUUCUAGAUUACAGUGUGCUGAAGAACACUGAACAAGCUCAUCUUUUUGUAGACCAACUUGGGGAUGAAGAGUUGCCUGAAAUUAAACACGGUGAACCCAUCACAGAAAGACGGAGCACCUUUCAGUCUCACCUAGCUUUGGUGGUCAGCCCAAAACAGGUAUGUGAGACUCCUCAGUCAUCCGCUAUUACAUCACAUCUGGCAGUCGCCUCGACAGGGUAACAACAGGAAGCAUUAUCGUCCAAGCAUCAUCCACAGGCAACACAAAAUCAGUUCUUGAGUCAUGAUGGAAACUAAGCGAAUCACACGCAGUUUGACAAAAAGGCCUAACGAGUUGCUCCUUGAAAUGUCAUUUGGUAAUCAGCUGCCAAAAUCCUUGUGAGAAGCGGCCAGCUGUUCCAGUGUGUUGGUGGGUAUAUCAUCUAGAGCUCCGUUAAGCAUCCUGAAUGCGACCACUCAUUCUCCCUCUCUGUGGCCUCUCACUUGUGGCCAUCUCCUUUUUGUCUAUGUCACUCCCACGGACACACUUAACCACAGCCUGACAACUGUUUCAGCAUCUCAAGGCGGACAAACUUUGCUCAUCUAAAUGUAUAGCAUAGAAUGAGUCACUCAAUCCCUCAAUUACUCACAUGCCCCCAUCGUCAUGUCAUCGUCUAGGAUUCUGUUUCAGCUCUUUAUAUACAGUACACUGGUUUGAACUGUAAUUAUAGUGCCAAUUUUACAUUUAGUUAAAACAGCAAUAAGUAGUUCUGUUCCAAAACUAGCAAGCUAACUACCUAAAAGGCAUGCAAAAACCUUGCAAACACCACCAACAGCCCAGCUGACACUGAUAGAAGCUUGACAACACACUAACUCGUGUCUUUUGGUAGUAUAGCUGGCAAUGUCAUGCUGUGAAAGCUUUUCUUCCAUUUUUGCAGGGUGUUCCAGCCC